UAGACCAUCUUCACACAACUCCUUCGACAGUCUUCAGAAGUGCAGAACAACCACACAAACAAUCAAAAAUGAAACUGAUCGUCGCUCUCGCUUUCUUGGCCGUGGCCCUCGCCGCUCCUCAAGGAGAUAAGAAGCCCAUCGAAAUUGUGUCAUCCAACAGCGAAAUGAACGCCGACGGCAGCUACUCAUUCGAUUUCGAGUCUGCCGAUGGGACCAAAGUGUCUGAGAGUGGCAACCAGAAACAAGUUGGUCCCAAACCGGAGGAUAUCGGCACCGUGUCCAAGGGCUCCUACUCGUUCACGACUCCCGACGGCGUCGUCCUCACCGUCAAUUGGGUGGCCGAUGAAAACGGAUUCCAGGCCACCGGCGACCACCUCCCCACUCCUCCACCCAUGCCCGAGCACGUCGUCAAGAUGCUCGCAGACCUCAAAGCCGCCGGAGUCCUGUAAAUCAUUUCAACAAUUUUUCCUGUACGACAAUCCCCAGAAAAAAAUUUGUUUUCUACAAGUUGUACAUUAAAAUGUCUAGUUUUGUUUGUACUGAAUGCAUGACCCUUUUAUGCAAUUAAAUGUGCCGGUUAUCCUGUAUCGUUUGUGUGUACGAAUUUCUUCCGUUAUAAAAAAGAUAAUAGGCUAAAAUCUUCGUCAAUCAU